UUCUUCCAUCUUGAUGAGGAUCCUCAAGUCACAUGUGCAAUAAAACAGGUCAUAUAUUCUGUUCAAGUUGAACUCAGCUCCAGGAUAAUGUAAUUACGCCUAUCAUCGGGGCAUUCAAGGUUGUUAUGUAAUCCACUUUGUGUGGGAGGUAAGAACAUAGUGAAGGGAUAAAGAAAAAGGCUGGCAAAUGAUAGAAAUAGCAAAAAAUUGCUACAAAGUAGCCCAGGGGAUUCAAGUUAUGACUGUAGACUGUUAAGCUAUAAGAAGUUCACUCAGUCAUUCUGCUCUUCAUUGUAUGGCUCUCAGAAAGGAGAGGGAGAUGUCAUGGGAGAGAGGGAAGGUUGUUCAAAGAGAUGUGUUUUGGUGCUGGACACCUAAACCUUCUCAGGUUCAGAUCCAAGGUUGCUUUGGGAUUGAUAGGCAGACAUUCCCAUAAGCAUUGUUGGUCCUUCAUCAAAACAAGUGAAAGGAUGCAGACUCCCCAUCUAUGUACAGACAGAGUGAUUGUGGUGUUGGGGGACUUGAGGUUUUUAUAGUGCAGAACAGGGGAUCCUUUAAGGGUGGAAGUCUCCAUCAGCUGAUUAUAUCACUAAAAUAUAAAGAAAUAGGGGGUUUUAUUUGUGUUCCCCCAUACUAGAGAUUCCGAGGUUAAUAUCAGUACAGGUCAAGGUUCCUGCCAGGAAAAUUUAGACACACCCAAGUCUUUUAGAUAAUAAAAUCAUCACUUACUAUAUACCAGGACAUUCAAAAAAAAUCCCCAUGAUAACAAAAUUAGUAUUUGUAGAUAUAUAACAUUGAAGGUAUAAAAGCCAUUAGUACCAUAUCAUCUACAAUGUAGUCCAGCAUCAUACUGUAGAUAUGAUAUGAAUCCACGCCAUGAAUAUUGACAAUCCUUCUCUGCAGAUUCAAGUUGAGGAGCUACCAGUCUUCUUUGGCCUUCAUGUUUGCCAUUGAGGAGAUCAACAGGAACACUCACAUUUUACCAAACACAUCUCUAGGAUUUGAGCUCUAUAAUAUCAAAAGCAAUCUAGAGGAUAUUAUGCAGGAAGCUUUUUUUUGCCUCACAGGAAUGGGAAUAUACAUUCCCAAUUACACAUGUAAAAGAAAGAACAAGGUUGCUGCUGUACUUACAGGAACAGAAUGGGAAACAUCCGUAAAAGUUGGGAGACUGCUGAAUCUUUACAGAUAUCCACAGAUUACUUUUGGGCCAUUUGAUGCUAUUCUAAGUGACAGAGGCCAGUUUUCUUCUCUCUACCAGACAGCACAAAAGGACAUGUCUCUGUCACAUGGCAUUGUCAUUUUGAUGGUUCAUUUCAACUGGACCUGGGUGGGACUGAUUCUCAUAGAUGACCGCAAUGCGACUGAGUUUCUAUCACACUUGAGAAGAGAGAUGGACAGGAACAGAGUGUGUGUAGCUUUUGUAGAAAUGAUUCAUGACAGCCAGGUUUACUCGGGCUAUGAAUCCAGAACAAUUCAUCAAAAUAUCCUGAAAUCAUCUACAAAUGUUGUUUUCCUUUAUGAUGUUACUCAAUAUUUAUAUGGUCUAAUAUUAUAUAUAGGAAUGCAUUCAAUUACUUGGAAAGUCUGGAUCAUUAAGUCACAAUGGGAUGUAACUACUGAUGUUCCUUAUUUCAUAUUUGAUCCAUUCCAUGGUAGUCUCAUUUUUGCACAACACCAUGCUGAGAUUUCUGAUUUUAGGAAGUUUAUCCAGACAUACAAGCCUUCCAAAUAUCCAGAAGACUAUAUCCUUGCUCUUUUGUGGAACAGAUAUUUCAAUUGCUCUUUUUCUGGACCCAAUUGUAAAAUAUUAGGUAACUGUCAACCCAAUGCUUCCUUAGAAAUGUUGCCUGGAAAUGCUUUGGAAAUGGAUAUGACUGAAGAGAGUUAUAAUGUAUAUAAUUCUGUAUAUGCUGUGGCUCACAGUCUCCAUGAAAUGACUCUGAAACAAGUCGAAAUUCACCCUCAUGGAAAUGGGGAGGUAAAUACCUAUCCUUGGGAGCUUCACCCUUAUCUCAAGAAUAUCCAUUCCAAAUAUGGUGCUGGAAAAUUUAUGGUUUUGGAUUCACAAAGGAAAUUAGAAGCAGAAUAUGACAUUUUCAACCUCUGGAAUUUUCCAGAUGGUCUCAGACAAAAGAUGAAAGUUGGAACAUUUUCUCCAAAAGCUCCACAGGGCCAAGAACUGCUUUUGUCUGACCAUAUGAUAAAGUGGGCUAUAGGAUUUACAGAGCUUCCUCGUUCUGUGUGCAGCAAGAGCUGUGUUUCUGGAUUCAGAAAAUCACCCCAGGAAGGCAAGCCUGCCUGCUGCUAUGAUUGCACUCAUUGUCCAGACAAUGAGAUUUCCAAUGAGACAGAUAUGGAUCAUUGUGUGAGGUGUCCAGAAAGUCAUUAUGCAAACACAGAGCAGAACCACUGUCUCCAGAAAGCAGUGACAUUUCUAUGCUACAAAGACCCUUUGGGGAUGGCAUUCACCUACUUGGCUUUGGGCUUCUCUUCACUAACAGCUGUUGUUUUGGGGGUCUUUGUGAAGUACCACCACACCCCCAUUGUCAAGGCCAACAAUCGGGCUCUCUCUUAUAUCCUUCUCAUCACUCUGAUCUUCUGUUUUCUCUGUCCAUUGCUCUUCAUUGGCCAUCCCAACACAGUCACCUGUAUCCUGCAGCAGAGCACAUUUGCAGUUCUGUUCACAGUGGCUCACUCCACAGUCUUGGCCAAAACUAUUACUGUGGUUCUGGCUUUCAAGAUCACAUUGCCAGGAAGACUGAUAAGGUGGAUAAUGAUAUCAAGAGUUCCUAACCUCAUUAUUCCUGUCUGCACCCUUAUCCAACUUGUGAUCUGUGGAAUUUGGCUGAGCACCUCUCCUCCAUUUAUUGACUCAGAUGCUUACACUGAACAUGGCCACAUAAUUAUUAUAUGCAACAAGGGCUCCACUAUUGCCUUCCAUUCUGUCCUGGCAUACCUCUGCUCCAUGGCACUUGGGAGCUACACUAUGGCUUACCUGUCCAGGAACCUGCCUGACACAUUCAAUGAAGCCAAGUUCAUCACUUUCAGCAUGUUGGUGUUCUUCAGUGUGUGGGUCACCUUCCUGCCUGUCUACCACAGCACCAAGGGGAAACUCAUGGUUGCCAUGGAAGUCUUCUCCAUUUUGGCUUCCAGUGCAGGUCUCCUAGGAUGCAUCUUUCUUCCCAAGUGCUAUAUUAUUUUGUUUAGACCACAUAGGAAUGUGCUUCAUCAUGUCAGGAACAAAGCACAUUCUAGAGGAAAAGUGGAUCUUACAGCUUAGUCCAUGUUUUUCUUAAUUAUAUACAAGUCUUCAAGUCUGUUUAGCAUGAAUCUA